GCGUACUGACUCACUUGGCAUGAGCUGCUGUGUGGCACUUCUACAGUGACGCGACAGACUGUCAGAGAAGCAAGAGAACGAGAGAUCAUCUUGUACCUCUACGUCGUAGUGAACCAGUCCUUCAGGUUCCAUGUGGAAGGACCCACUGUAGUCAGUCCCCCUCCCAUAUCACCACCCUGUAGCCCAAAGGAGAUGACCCAACCUGGCUGCCACCUGCAUAAUGAACCUCCGCACCACUGGGGGCUCCUCCGCCGUGGGCAGUCUGGGCCAUAGCUGGGGCAUCCUGUCCGGAGGCCGUGUGCCCUCUCUGCUGCAGACCAUGGUGCCAGCAGGCUACAGCGCCCUCCAGGAGGAGCGGCUGGUCAUGUCCGAGCUGACCGGUGGCGGCGGCAGUGUUGGUAGUAGCUCCGCCAAGCCUGACCUGGUGCUAGGCAACAGCUACCACCGCGAGAACAGAGCCCACCGGCACUUGGACCGCACCCCCCGCUCACCUCUGUCGGCGGGUGACCUUGGAGACGGUCGCUUCAGCGAGACCCAGCCCAUGCUGCCUAAUGGCGAGCUGUCUGGGGAGGAGGACGGAGAAGAUGUUGGGGAUGAAGAAGAAGAAGAAGAUGAUGAUGAGGAAGAAGUGGAGAUGGAGAGGCCACCCAUGGGACGCAACAUGCCCAAAGAGUCGCCCCUGGCCAUGGCCCUGCAGAUUGUGGUGCCCUUCCUGCUGGCUGGCUUCGGCACAGUCUCAGCUGGCAUGGUGCUGGACGUGGUGCAGCACUGGGAGGCCUUCAAGAACAUCACAGAGAUUUUCAUUCUGGUUCCAGCUCUGCUCGGACUUAAGGGGAACCUGGAGAUGACCCUGGCUUCUCGACUUUCCACAGCGGUGAACGUGGGGAAGAUGGACUCGCCCAUAGAGAAGUGGAAUCUCAUCAUAGGGAACCUGGCCCUCAAACAGGUGCAGGCGACGGUGGUGGGCUUCCUGGCGGCCGUGGCGGCCGUGGUGCUGGGCUGGAUCCCCCAGGGAAAGUUCCAGAUGAGUCACGCCGUGCUGAUGUGCUCCGCAAGCGUGGCCACUGCCUUCAUCGCAUCCCUGCUCCAAGGCAUAAUCAUGGUGGGGGUCAUCGUGGGUUCCAAGAAAACGGGCAUCAACCCAGACAACGUUGCCACGCCAAUCGCUGCCAGCUUUGGUGACCUCAUCACUCUGGCCAUCCUGGCAUGGAUUAGCCAGGGGCUCUACAAUUGCCUGGACUCUCACCCGUACGUGUCAUCACUGGUGUGUGCCUUCUUCCUGUCUCUGACUCCUCUGUGGAUCGUCAUCUCUUCCAAGCACCCAGCUAGCCGCACGCUGCUCUACUCCGGCUGGGAGCCCGUCAUCACCGCCAUGAUAAUCAGCAGCAUUGGUGGCCUCAUCCUGGACAAGACGGUGUCAGAUCCCAACCUGGCUGGCAUUGUAGUUUACACUCCCGUCAUCAAUGGCAUUGGUGGGAACUUGGUUGCCAUCCAGUCCAGCCGCAUCUCCACGUACCUGCACUUCCACAGUGCCCCCGGGGAGGUGCCCGACGAGGCCAAGGGCUGCUACUACCCCUGCCGCACCUUCUGUGGCUCAGGAGCCAAUCACCGCUCGGCGCAGGUGCUUCUCCUGCUGGUCCUCCCAGGUCACAUGAUCUUCCUCUACACCAUCCACCUGAUGAAGAGCGGCCACACCACGCUCACGCCCAUCUUCACCAGCGUCUACCUGGCUGCCGCCCUCUUCCAGGUGUUCUUGCUGUUGUGCAUCUCUGAUUGGAUGGUCCACUCCAUGUGGCGCAGUGGGAAGGACCCAGACAGCUUCUCCAUCCCGUACCUGACGGCACUAGGUGACCUCCUGGGCACCGCCCUGCUCGCCCUCAGCUUUCACUUCCUGUGGGUCAUCGGCGACCAGGACAGCGACGUGGGCGACUAAUGCCUCCACCUCUCCUCGUUCUCUCACUCUCUGUCUCUCUCUCUCUCUCUCUCUCUCUCUCUCUCUCUCUCUCUCUCUCUCUCUCUCUCUCUCUCUCUCUCUUUCUCUAUCUUUUGACCACAGCAUUGGAGGAGGCGGGUCACGUCCGUGCCUGAGCCAAUCACAAGUGGCCUCCCACAGUGACUCAGCCAAUCAGUUCGCGCCUGGAAUGUUCUCUACCUCUCCUGUUGGGGAGGAGCAGAGCUGCCUAUGUCAUAUGAGAUUACUCAGAACAUACAAAUGUGGAGUUACACAUUCCCAGUCAUCAGUUAACCAGGAGGAUGUUCCUUUCAUGUGUGCAUGUGUUUUAUAGGGCCAUUCUUAUGCAGGGUGUUUUUGUACGACGGUGUCCUUUCUCAUCUCCGCGAGGAGAGGAGAGGGUUGACCCGUGUUCACAGAGCCAGCCAACCUCUUAUUUUAACGGCCAGCCCCGACGCCUUUGUGAUGUGCUUCAUAAAAUUGAUGGCCCCCCGACUCUGACCAAGGCCAAGAAGACUGACGUGGGGAAGUUAAAUACAUGCACUGACGCACACACACACACACACACACACACACACACACACACACACACACACACACACACACACACACACACACACACACACACACACACACGUACUAAGGCUUUGGAGCUGCUCUUUGGCACUGCAUCUUGAGCAGUGUUGGGACUCUGCAAUGGUUAGCCAAACUGUCACACACACACACACACACACACACUCACAUUCAAGAGUUCUUCCUCUUGCACCACAACACACACACUGGGGUUAUCAAGUAGCCUCCAUAAUCGCCAUAGCCAAGCACUGAUAGUGUAAUUGCCACACACAGAUACACACACAGGAACUGUUCAAUCCUCAGUUGCAGUUCACUUCAGAAUAAUUUGCUUGUAUUGUAGCGUCUGUGGGCGGUGCUCUGUGUGGGCCUCCCUGGCGAGACGGGGCCCUGAUAAGGCCCCUGAUCCAGAGGCUCGCUGUCGGCCCCGCCGUCUUUCUUUCUCCACACCACUUGCCAGCAGCUGUCAGCGCUUUGGUCGACUCUGCAGCGAAGGGUGUGUGUGUGUGUGUGUGUGUGUGUGUGUGUGUGUGUGUGUGUGUGUGUGUGUGUGUGUGUGGAGGUCCGUAUGCCAGCUCUGCGCCCAGUCUGUCUCUCAUUAACACGCACACAACUCUCACACAGACACAGUUGCCAAACGUUAAUCUUCUUUUUCUUUUUCAUCUUUUUCCAUUUUUUUUUUUUCUAAACACAGGUCGCAAAGGUCACAUCUUUAAAUGGUAGAUGUUGCUGAAGCACUUUUUUGUAUGCUGUAAUUCAGAUCUGGCAUUACUUUUUGUUGUCCUUUCGAGGUGCCGUUUCAUGUGUGUGUGAGUGUGUGUGCAUCUAUAUGUGUGUGUGUGUGUGUGUUUUAAUAUACCCACAAGGCGUUUUGUUUAGUUUUUUUGUCCGAGACAGUGGCAGCGGUGUCACGCCUGCCAGCCAGUCGUUGCUUCUUUGUUCUUCUUUUGUUGUUGUUAUUGUUUUUCUACUCACAGAGACGGUUUAAUAAAAAAUAUAACUCCC